UUGCCCAACGCGCCGGAGCCGCGCCCCGGCCAGCCAAGAGGCAGCCCCCGCCCGCGAGGAGGCCCCAGCAGCAGCUCCAAGAGCCCUGCCGUCAAGGCUUCGCCGGAGGCCACGCCCGGCGGCGCCCACUGGGGUGAACAACAGCAGCCCCAAGGCGGCAGCUCCAGGAGCCCUGCGCGCGCGAGGCAGGAGUCCCCACGUACCCCACGCAACGCCCGCAGCACCCCAGGACGCCGUCGGCGCGACACCGCAGCCACGAUGGUCGCCGCGUCCGGCGACUCCAAGGGCUUCGACCUCCAGAAGCUCAACAAGUUCUCGAAGAGCGAGAUCCUCGACCCCUUGGUCCAGGAGGAGAAGAACCUGGCCGCGCAGCUGCGCGAAGGGCUCUCGAAGCUGCUGGAUAUGCACAACCCCGCCGAAUUAGGCUCGUUAUGCGGUGCCAUGGGCCUCGUCGAGGAAUGCGAGUUCGGGACCCAUGCGGAAAAAAAGGCGGGAGUGUUGCGGAAAGUAGCUCAAACGGGUGCGCGCUACAAUAGCACGGAGCGAGCCCACAUGGAGUGCCUCGAGACGAUGUGGGACGGGAUUUUGUACGAGUACUUGAGGGCCGAGGGCCAGCCGCUUCGAAGUGCGAGGGUCGACCCGCGCGUGUUCACGCUGCAGAUGUGGCGGAGAAGAGCGGCGUUCUCACAAGGCGGCCAGGGCAUUUUUCGGCCCCACUACGUGCCUCGCAUGGUGCGGAUGCGCGACCAGAAGCCACCCCGAGCUGCCGAUCUCGAGGGUUUACUCAGAGGAGUGGAAGCCAAGGAGCUCGCCCUGAAGCAUAUUGAACGGAAGGUGCGGAAGGAAAGCGACUACCGGAACGUUAUACGCUUCUUGGCCGAUACAACUUCCUUACACGAAUUUGAGCGCGACGCGCGCGACUACCUCAUGCACGAGCUCGAGAGUUGUCGGGACCGCAUCGACCACUACCAGGCGUCGCUGGAGAUGACGGGGGAACAGCUCGGUGAGGCCGAGUUGGUGCACGAGCGAGCUACGACUACUUUGGUCAGUCAGUUAGCUCGAGUGGAGGCUGAAUUGGAGUUCCAGUACGAUCUGUCAGCUAUUGAGCCCGCAACCGAGGAGCAGAUGAUUGUGGGAGUGCUGCGACGGUUCCUGGCCACUCCUGGUCCCAUGGACGGCACGCUCACUCUAGAAGAUAGCCCAGUAGCCCUACCGUCGCUAGACGACGACUGGUCCGACUCCGACGACGAACGAAGCGAAUAUCGACCGCCGUCCACGAGACCCGUGACGCAGGGGCGGCCUACGUCCGCCGGGAGUCGAGGGCGAGCCCCGACACCACUAGAAGGAGUACGUCCUUCUUUUGACGACUUCCAGGAGGAGACCCAGUCCGAGAUCGAUGAGCGAGAGUUCCGAAUCGAAGAACACCGGCGCAAGGACGACGUGAGACGGAACUGCGCGAUCCGCUGUCCGAACUACGAGCAACGGGAGCCUGCGGUAUUAGCUUGUUUGGCGUUUGAGAAACAUCGAGGAGAUGUGAACGUCAUGCGGUUGCGGUGCGAGGCCGCAGAAGCGGCCUUCGACGCCCUCUACGACUGGUUCGACGAGGCCUCGGCGGACCGCGCGGCGAAGACGGCAGAGGCCUAUCACGCCGGCAAACGGGGCCGCAUCCUCGGUCAGCAGAUCAACAUGCUCAUCGAGGAGGCGGCGAAGGCCGCGGCGACGCCUUUCGCGGAAGUUGAGCUGUAUAAAGGCAUCGCGGCUCGCGCGACGUGUGACGCGUCGGAUGCUAAAUCACGAUUGCGGAAUGCGACGCCUACUUUAUUAGCUAUGAUCGGGGCCGACGACGGUUCGAUUGCGGUCUUGGGGGCGGUGCUGUCCGUUGCUUUAGGUGCUGUGCCGUCUCGCGCGGCCGCUCUGGAGCGCCUGGAGGCGGCGACGAUGGCGCGGGAAGAGUUGCACCAACGGACCGUCGACGCUUUGUUGAUACCGACGCCGACCAUGUCUGAGAAGAAGAAGGCUGGGAAGAAGGGUACCGCGCGGUGCCGAAAUCAUUUCUCGGCGCCGACGCGGCCGUGCUUGCUCAGUAGAGCUCGCACCGCCACGCCAUCGAGGAGAUGUCGCGUCGAUGGCGUCGCGAUGAGCGGCCGUGUGGGCUCGGACGAGCGGCUGGGGGCCGGCACCGGCCCACCGUCGAGCAGACCUCGUGUCGAUGGCGUCGCGAUGACUUAUUUGCUUUCCGCGCAGGCAAGGAUAAGAAGGGCGGCAAGAAGGGUG